AUGAAUUUUACUGAAUUACUUUCAAUUGUUUCAAACAGUGAUACUGGAAUUAGCUUUUUACAACAACAUAAUAUAGUUAAAGUUAGUGAAGUGUGUGAAAAUGGCCAUAUAAUGUUUAUCAAGGGAUCGCGAUGGCGUUGUCAAAAAAGAAGUUGCCGAAAGGAAAAAGGAUUACGAAUUAAUAAUUGGCUAACUGGUUCUAGACUACCAAUACACACAAUAGUCCAUUUCAUAUACUACUGGGCCCGAGAAAUGUCUUCAGUAACAUUUUGUAAACGUGAACUAAAUAUGGGACAAAAUGCUGUGGUUGAUUGGAGUAAUUAUCUACGGGAGGUAUGUGUAACAGAAAUUUUCUUGAAUCAUAUUUGGCAGAGUUUAUGUGGAGAACACGUCUCGGAAAACAAGACGCAUUUGAAACUAUCCUCAAAGAUAUUUCUGAAUUCUGGCCUCCAUUAUAACUAA